UGAUAGAGAAAGAAGGCGACGUCCAUGGCGCCUACGACACUGACGGCUCUUGCAGGCGAGAAGACUCUUCAGUCGAGCUUCGUCCGUGACGAAGAUGAACGUCCCAAGGUGGCCUACAACGACUUCAGCAACGAAAUUCCUGUCAUCUCUCUCGAAGGAAUCGAUGAAGUUGGCGGCCGUCGUGAUGAGAUUUGCAGGAAAAUCGUGGAGGCCUGCGAGGACUGGGGGAUUUUCCAAGUUGUUAAUCACGGUGUUGAUUCUAAUCUCAUUUCGGAGAUGACUCGCCUGGCUCGGGAAUUCUUCGCUCUUCCGCCGGAGGAGAAGCUCCGCUUCGACAUGUCUGGUGGCAAGAAAGGCGGCUUCAUCGUUUCCAGCCAUCUUCAAGGAGAAGCAGUGCAAGACUGGCGCGAGAUCGUAACCUACUUCUCCUACCCACUACGAACCAGGGACUACUCGAGGUGGCCAGACAAGCCAGAGGGGUGGAGAUCGGUGACACAGGAGUACAGCGAGAAGCUCAUGGGGUUGGCCUGCAAGUUGCUGGAGGUGUUGUCUGAGGCCAUGGAUUUGGACAAGGACGCUUUGACCAAUGCUUGUGUGGACAUGGACCAGAAGGUUGUGGUCAAUUUCUACCCCCAAUGCCCACAGCCAGACCUCACCCUCGGACUCAAGCGGCAUACCGAUCCGGGAACCAUCACGCUGCUCCUUCAGGAUCAGGUGGGAGGGCUCCAGGCCACUAGGGAUGGCGGAAAGACUUGGAUCACCGUUCAACCUGUUGAAGGAGCUUUCGUCGUCAACCUUGGCGACCACGGUCAUUAUCUGAGCAAUGGGAGGUUCAAGAAUGCUGAUCACCAAGCGGUGGUGAACUCCAAUCAUAGCAGACUGUCCAUAGCAACAUUCCAAAACCCCGCACCGGAGGCAACCGUGUAUCCUCUGAAGAUAAGAGAGGGAGAGAAGGCAGUGCUUGAGGGACCCAUCACCUUUGCAGAGAUGUACAGGAGGAAGAUGAGCAAAGAUCUGGAGCUUGCUAGGCUCAAGAAGUUGGCCAAGGAGCAGCAGUUGCAAGACGUGGAGAAGGCCAAGUUAGAGUCCAAGCCCAUUGACCAGAUUUUGGCCUAAUCUUUUUGUCCACUCCUCCUGCUUACUUGCGCUUGUUUAUUUA